UUCCGUGCGGCGGAAGGCGCUGAUUGGCUGGCGGGUCCCCUCCACGCGCUGCUCCGCCGCUGCUGCUGCACUGCCCGGGCCUGCUGGCUACAAUGUAGCGCCGUCGCGCGCGCCUUUGCAUGGCGCGCCAACCCUCUGCUAGCGCCUUGCGCAAAGUUGCAGGGACCAUCACUAUGGAGCCUGUGAGCAUCGAUAACUUGUCCAUUCUGUACCAAAGUGCGGACUUCAUUGUGGUUAACAAACACUGGGAUGUCCGCAUUGACAGCAAAAUGUGGUAUGAAAAGCUCACGCUGCAGAGCCAGCUGAAAUAUCGGUUCCCUGAGCUUGCGGACCCAGACACAUACUAUGGAUUCCGGUUUUGCCACCAGCUGGAUUUCUCCACCAGCGGGGCCCUUUGUGUGGCACUCAACAAGGCAGCUGCUGGAAGUGCCUACAAAUGCUUCAAGGAACGGAUGGUGACCAAGGCCUACCUUGCACUGGUGAGGGGCCACAUCCAAGAGGCGAGGAUGACGAUCCACUACGCCAUCGGGAAGAACACGACAGAAGGCUUGACACACAUGAUGUGCAUUGAAGGGACGCAGGGUUGUGAAAACCCCAAACCUUGCCAGUCGGAGCUAACAGUACUUGAACAUGGCCUUUACAGUGGUGAUCCAGCGACGAAAGUGCUUCUGCAGCCCCUCACAGGAAGAACCCACCAGCUCCGUGUCCACUGCAGCGCCAUCGGGCACCCAGUGGUGGGCGAUUUCACCUACAGUUUCAAGAAGGACAGCGGCCCUUACCGGAUGAUGCUCCACGCUUACUACUUGCGCAUCCCGACCAGCAAGGAGCUUAUAGAGGUGAUGGCGCCCGACCCUUUCGUCCCCACCUUGGACAGCAACUGGGCCCCUCGGCGUGCCACGCACCAGCUGGAGGAGCUGAUCCAAGAACUGAAAGACCAGAGCGUCCUGGAGGGUGAAGGCAGGCAGGGGGAUCUGCUUGGGAGCCCAAGCCCUGAGGCCCCGCUGGAAGCCAAGAGCCCUGAGGUGGAGGAGUUGGAGCAGGAGCAGCGAGGGAAAUGUGAGCAGUGGCUGGCCGAGUGGGCCCUGGAAUGAGAUGGCCCACGGAUCCUUCGUGGUCGGGAAACCCCGAAUCUUUGUACCUUGUCACUACCGCUGAUUCCUGCCAGAAGCUUUUCCAGGCCUGACUCCCAACACCUGUUGUCCUGUUCACUCCCAACAUUCCUCGGAGAUGCCUCUGUGAGGGUCGCGUUCCCAAACGGGAAUUUUGACUGUGUGCUUGAUCAGCUUUUUAAUCCCGUGCCCUCAAGCUGGCUCGUUUUAGUUGCCGGAUGUGGAAGAUCACGGACUGCGGUCAGACAGGCAAGGAUUGUGCCCUGAUACUGACACUCUUAAGCCAUUGGAUUAACGCAAUUGGGGCACUGUAUCUCAGGGUGAUGUCCAGCUAAGUCAUACUUAGAGUAGACCCAUUGAAAUCAGUAGCCUUAAAAUUGCUUAUCAGUAAUACUAAACAUUUUAUUUGUUCCUAUAUAAGCCAUACUAGAGACUUUCAGAGACGAGCCGCAUAGUUGGCUCCGAAUUUCCUAGCAGCCAAUGCAAAUAGAGACGCACACAAGGUAACAGAAUUUGAUUGAUUGAUUGCGUCAGAUCCCACCUUUUCCUCCAAGGAGCUCAGUGUGACAUAUAUGUACACAGUCCUUUCCAAUCUCCUUGAAUCCCCACAACAACCCUGUGAGGUAGGUUUGGCCGAGGGGCAGUGACUGGCCCAGUGUCACCCAGUGAGCUUUAUGGCCAAGUGAGCAUUUGAACCCUGGUCUCCUAGGUCGUAGUCUGACACUUUAACCCAGGGUUUCCCAAAUUUGGGUCUCCAGCUGUUUUUGGACUACAACUUCCAUCGUUCUUAGCUAACAGGACCAGUGGUCGGGGUUGAUGGUAGUCAAGAAACAGCUGGAGACCCAAGUUUGGGAAACUCAGCUCUAACUGCUUUGCCACACUGGCCGAUUUUCCUUGUCCCACAGCGAAAAGCACUCAAACUCACGUGAUGUAAAAUAAUAAUAAUAUUGUGGCUAAACUCAGACAGGUAUUUUACAUGAGGAUAUUUGUGUAGAGCAGGGACGUCCAACUCCCAAGAGACUGCGAUCUACUCCCAGAACAAAAAAGUGGCAGUGAUUUAACCCAUUUUGGGGGUUCAGGUCAAAGUUGUUGACCUUUUUUUUAGGGGUUCAGCCAUAGUUGUUGAGCUUUACUUAGGGGGCAAGGUCGGUGUUGUGGAGAUUAUUGGGGGGGCGCAAAGUGGAGGUGAUUAUUUUAAGACGGAAACGCCAAUAAAUGCUCACCCUAAGAAAAUCUGGGCAGCGCUAACUCCGAAUUCCGGUUUAGCGAUCCUGCACGACUGAAAGAAACGGCGAGGGGGCCGGGCUGGGAACAUUCAUUUUACAGCUACUCUUCUCAAGAAAACAGAAAUGAGCUAGUGAUCGACCGCUAUCACCCGGGGAUAGACCUGGACACCCCUGGUCUAGAGGAUGCUGAGUAACGUAGUGAAUAGCGUCCUCUAUAACCAUUUUACACAAAAGACACAGAAGUGCUGUUCCAUAGGUAGCUCCUUCUAGCAGCCUUACAGAAAGACAGAGGCAAUAGCACUCAGUCUUAACAAAAUAAAAAAAAUUCCUUCAGUAGCACCUUAAAGACCAACUAAGUUUUUAUUUUGGUAUGAGCUUUCGUGUGCAUGCACACUUCGUCAGAUUUUGCAGAAGCAAUUCUAUGCGGAGCCAAAGUAACUCUCAGCCUAUUAUUAGUCCAGGUGUUGGAGACAGUUCAGGUUUCCUUUCUAAAGGAAGCACUGUACCUCUUACCUGUUGGCAUCCCUGCUGUUUGGAAACAUGCUGUCCAGGCUAGAGUGCAAAUCCAGCCGCCAAAUGUCUGCAACAGGAUGCUAACUCUUUGUGUCUGGUUUCCGUCGCUCACCCUUAAAUUCCCCCAAACAAGUUACUGCUUCGUGUAUGGCUGCUAGGGAACCUGGCAGUGAGAUGAUCACAGCCCAGUCAUAGUGGAGGAUAGAUGUCAGUGGUUCUUCUCUGAGGGUGAUGCAUGCUGGACGUCGCCCUCAGCCUCUGCUGCCCUCAGGGGAAUCUGUGGGGAAAGUGUCAGAAAAAAGGGACCACCUGACCUGCUGAACCCCCACCCCACACCUGCCUUCAGCCACAGAGAUUCACUCCCCUUUUCAUCUAUCUUUCAUUUUGGAUAAUAACCGAUGCAUGAGGAGGCUUGUCACAUAACUGCCUCUUGGACUCUGAAGCAAAAGAAUGGAUGAAAGAAACCAGGAAAAUCUCCUUUCCUUUUUCAGCUGGGGUCCCCCAGCAGAGCACCCACAGGUAUCUCAGAACCCUCAGAUGACACUCCGCUCCCCAACACCUGUCAAGCAUUCUAGCAUUCUUGACCCUCUUAAUUUUUGUUUAAAAAUGAGGACUUUGGGGGAAGUUACUUCCUUGAGGGUGCCUGUUUUUUCACCUGUGGUUUUUUUUUUUAAGGGUGGGCAGGGAACAUUGUUUAGAUGCUUUCCCUGUUGCUUUGGGGGAGAUGUCUGAGCACCACCAGUUUUUCUUCUGCAGAUUGGGCGCUUUGUGGUGCCCACACCUAUUCCUUAGAUUUCCAAACGUGCCCCUAGGCCUGAAAAAGUUGCAGACCCCUUUCUGGACCCCUUUCUGGUUAAGGUUCCGCCCCCUCCCUUCUCUCUCCCCUAGAGCUCUUUUCCAGACUGACCUUUGCCUUCACUUGCCAUAGAAAGCAAGCUUUUGGCAAUUUUAGACCAGCCAUCUUGCAUUUUUUUCAUGUCAUGUGGACGUUUGGCAGGGUAUGUCUGUGGGUUUCAGCUUUUAUCUGUCCUGCAAUAGCAGCUGAUGGUGGUGAUGAUAACGAUCCUUUUCUAGGGCGUUGUAACAACUGCUCCACAACAUACUUGUGUUUGUGUGUGUCUUUUUAAAAAUCACCUUUGAGCUCAUUUUCCUAUGCAGGUUUUAGGAUGACUUUACAUCAGGGGUUUCAGUGCCCUUGUUCUUUUUAAUUGUGCCCAUGAAGCUUCUGAGCAUAGCUGCCAAGUUAUCCCUUUUUUACAGGGAUUUUCCCUUAUGCUGAAUAGGCUUCCUCGCGAGAAAAGGGAAAACUUGGCAGCUAUGCUUCUGAGCCCCACUAGCUGGUGAAGGUGGUUACUUUUUUCUCCCUUGAAAACACAUUGAGCAGGGGGGGAAAGGAAGUUGGAAGAGUGACGCUCUUUCCCACUUCCUCCUUCAUCUCCACAGGUGAAACUCGGAAAAUUAGAAUAUCGCCGAAAAGUGCAUUUAUUUCAGUAAUGCAACUUAAAAGGUGAAAUCAAUGUAUGAGAUAGAUGCGUGACAUGCAAAGCAAGGUAUGUCAAGCCUUGAUUGGUUUCCAUUGUAAUUAUUUGUCGUUAGGUGGGUCAAUUAUAAAUGGAAUGUCAUUAAUCAAAUGUCAGAGCGAUGUUUGUUUUUUGUAUGAUUGUAACCAUUUGUUUUAUUCCUGUGGAAUUUCCAAAAGAAAGCAUUUGUCAAAAUAAUAAUAAUAAUAAAAAUAAUAAGUUGCAUUACUGAAAUCAAUGCACUUUUCGACGAUAUUCUAAUUUUCCGAGUUUCACCUGUAUGUGCUUUACAGUUCCACCGGACCUGACUUUUCCCAGAUCCUGUGUGCAUCCUCUCUUUCUGUCUUUGGAGCUGAUCUAGGGGAAGGGGGGAGAGACGUGACCAGAGAGUGUCCACAACACUUGUUCAAAAGUCCCUAUAUGCUAAUUGGUUUUUUUUUUAGUUGGUGACCACUGCCUUAAAUUGACACACUCUCUUGUGCAUAGACACACAUGCACACUGCCUUCCUUCCCCAUGUCAGAUCUAGCUGGCGAAGCUAGCUUUGUGCUCUUUGAAUCCUGAUUUGUGCCUAGAGACCCAUGCAGUCAUAAGGCAUGCGUUUUCUCAUUGUGGCACAGAAUUUGCACCUCCCAUCUUUAUUUUGAAACAAAGGGAGCAUCUGAUCUUCACAGCUAGGGUUGAAAACGUGCCUUACGGGGGAUUCCAGGGAACUGCAAGACCUACACUGCAUGCAGAUCCUGUCUCCUUAUUCCUGCAUGUAUCCUUCUAGCCCUCACAAUAGAGACCUCGUUUUCCUUGUGAAAUCCCAUUUCCUUGUGAAACCUCUUAAAGCCUUGCCAAAUUUCCCCCAAAAGGAUGCUGCAUCCAAGGGUAGAGCAUGCCAUUGAUAUUUGUGCAGAUUAAGUUAUGCAAGUAGAACUUAAACUGAUCACAGGAUUUUGUGUGUGUGUGUGGCAGUGCUGUGCAUAUAUAGAAUAUUGCUCAUAAUGCCCACUAACUUAUGUUUGGAUUUGGGAGGGAGGGACAGGGAACAGUUCUCACCACUAGAGGGCACCAUUCAUAUUGUAAAGAUAGUCCUGGUUCUCUGACUGCAAUCCUUUGACAGAGAUGAUAAUUAUAUGGAAAUAAUUAAUCUCCCCCAUUUAUUUUGCAGAAGACCCUUUAACACACUCUUAGAAGAAGGAGAGUAGUGGGGAAAGAGAAAAAGGAAGAUUUAAAGAGUUUUUACAAAAAGAUGAACUUAAAUUGUUAGUAAAACAUGGUUGAUAAAAAACAGUUAGCAUUUACAUUUGCAUUGUACUGUAAAUUAAAUCCAGAACUGCUGAGAUGGGAAUCUAAAGGCACAAACUUUAGCAGCUUGAGGUUUUUUUUUUUUGCAAGAUGACCAAUUUUUUAUUUAUUUUCCAAAUAUGCAGAAAUAACCUCCCAUUAGCUGCCAGCACUAAAUAUUUAUACUGUAUCACAGUCUUAAGCACCCAUGCUUCAUUUAGAAUCCAUUGAACUGAACCUUAUUAUUUUUCUGAUGCAAUAGUAUGCCCUCGUGGCAAUAAAGAUGGGCUUGUCAGUAAUUGCAAGUGAUUACUGGAUCUCCCAGAGGAUGGGGCAGAAAUCUUCCAAAGUUAUCCUCAGGGCUUAUUGCUGUGUCCACUCUGUUUCUUUAUAGAAAUUUCCAUGGAAGUUUUUCUCAUUUUUCAAAUGUCUGUUUUGUAGCAAGUUGUAUUUAAGCACAUUGGGGAGAGGCCUUGAUUACAUUGAUAUGCAACAAUUAUCACUUUGCAGGGCAGACUGCAUCGUGGCCAGGCCUGCGUCCCUUACAGAGAUUUUCACAUGAAACAAAUAUUUUCCUUCAAACAGGAUAGGUGAACCUUUAAGAAGAACAACUCACCCCUUGAGCGAAAGACCAAAGCCAAAGUAAAACCCCAAAGAUGGGCAAGAUGAGCCAUUUCUCUCCAGGGAAUGUUACCACCUAGCUUUGGGGUGAGCUCCUGUUGCUCUGUCCCAGCUCCUGUCAACCUAGCAGUUCGAAAGCAUGCCAGUGUAAGUAGAUAAAUAGGUACCGCUGUGGUGGGAAGGUAAACGGCAUUUCUGUGCGCUCUGACACUCGUCACGGUCCUCUGUGCCAGUAUCGGUUUAGUCAUGCUGGCCACAUGACCCGGAAAACUGUCUGUGGACAAAUACUGGCUCCCUCGACCUGAAAGUGAGAUGAGCGCCGCAACCUCAUAGUCGCCUUUGACUGGACUUAACUGUCCAGGGGUCCUUUACCUUUACCUUUACUUGGGAUAUUGCUUAUGGUCAAUGAAAGCCCAACCAGGGAUUGAUACUGGAGGAGUAGGGCCAGGAGGCUAACUUUGACACCCGAGAACACAAAAAAGCAGAAGCAAAACAAAUAUUUCAUUUUAAAUGGACCUUCCUGCUGAGCGUGAAGCAUAAACCCUCAUUUUUAAAGGGAAAAAGGAGAGAAGUCCUCUCCCAAAGUGUUGAAUGCCACAAGUAAUUUAAUGAACAAAACAAGAUGCACUAUUUUAUAUGCUUACAGGUAAACAGAGCUGUGAUUUCCUUCAAGAGCUUGCGAGAUCUUACCAAAGUCUUGCAAGAUGUCUAGGAGAGUAAAAUGUCUCUUGAGAUUUGGGAGAGAUCUUGCAAGCUCUUUCAGGGACCAGUGCCAGCAGUGUGUCUCCACAAGCGGCAGAGGUGACACAGAUGAUGGUAGAGCUGCAGUGCCACCGGCAGGUGGCUAAGUGGUGGUGAGUGUCCGACUGGAGAUGGUGCUGUUGUGGUGUGGCAGAGCAGGGUAGCACUUCCUGUUUUGCCUCAAGUGGCAAACUGGGACAUACCACCCCUGAUCUCAGGAUUCCAGAACUAACAGCUGUCAGUUUGGAGGGAGAGAAGGCAAGGACCCACAGCCCAAGUGGGGCUCGCUAGCUUGGGGAGGAGUUGUGUGAUUCCUCAGGCCUGCAUCCUGGGCCAGGCCUGGGCCUAUAUAAAAAAACACUUCAUGGGAAAAGCAGCCUAACAUCAUCUCACCGGAAGCUCAGCUGGGAUGACAUUGGACCACGGGUGCCAUUUUGUGUGAGUUGCGUGCUUGAUUGGCACGAGCCUGUUUUUCCAGGGUUGGCAAAUGUUAUGUCUCUGGAAGGUGAAACUAUCCCAUCUUUAAUGCCCCAUGGACCAAACUGCAAAAUAGCCUAACUUUUCUCAUAGCAUGUUCCAAAGUAGUUGGACUAAUUUUUUGCCGCCGUGCUUUUAUCCAAUGUUGCAAGGAGAACUAGAAAUGAAUAUAUAUUUUCCUUAACCUGUUAUUUUGUUAAAUGUGGGAAAGAGAGAUCUAUUUUAGGAUAAAAUGUUCACAAUGGCCAGUGCACACUUUGAAUGGUGGCAUGACAUCUGUUUCUGCUAUAUAUUAUCACCCUGGGCUUCUAAGUUGGCAUUGUUGUCUGUUUGCUAGCAACGUAAAGUCACCUAUUUGUAUAUAUAUAUAUGUGUGUGUGUGUGUAUUUUAAAAGUGAUGUGAUGUGGAACUUCAUGUGCUCAUGACACUUUGUAAGGUUUCAAAAUACUACUUGUUAUUUAUUGUUUUGCAUUUGUGGACAUAACUGAAAUAAACCACGCAG